AUGCCCUGUCUGCACUCUGAAGCUCUGGAAUCCAUGGAGUCUGCCAGUAGGACUCCCGGUGCGUCCCCUGAUGCUGGCGCACAGACGUCCCUCCGCAGGGAAACGGUGAGGGACACGCCGAUGGUUCAAGGGAUGGGCUGGUUCUUUUCCCCGCUGUGGAGUCCGCGGUCCAAGACGCGCGGCAAGAAGUUUGGAGACGGUAUGAAGAGCGACCAAGUGGAGGCCUGGUUGGACGACCACUCUGACUUCACCAGGGCGUACUUUUUACGCAGAGCUUCAGCGGUAAGUCCACAGCCGGAGAUGUCCCCCCUGCCGUCCGGGGUUUCCAGGAGCAGCUCCGACCACACCGGCCUGUUAAUGAAGAGUCCUCACCGCAGAUCUUCCUCUCCGAUGACCAGCUCACACCUGAAUAUCUCAUCUUUGACGGACAGACUCAAGCCCUUCGCUUCCAACCUCAGCGCCCCUGAGUGGGUGGACCGAUUCUGCCCAGACACACUGAGAAGUCACUCGCCUUGCUCUCCCCGCUCUUCCUCCCACUUCUCUUUUUCCCCCUGUCGCCCGCUUUCCCCCAUCUGCCCCUGCUCCCCAGACGUGCCCCACUCUCCACAGCUUCUGACGCCAACUGCGACGAAGACUAGAGCCUGCGGUCGUGAUGAGGGCUGCCAGUGGAUGAUGGGGCUCCUGGGAGGAGGCCUAAGAUGGAUGGGUUCUGUAGCAGAGCUUUGCCAGGAGGCUGUCGGGCACACUGGGGAGCUGCUGGCAGCUGAGGGCAGUUCGCUCUCUCUCAUGAGGAAAGACUGCAGUGGACGGAGCACCUUGGAGGAGGUGGUAACCCUGACAGCACUGGGCUGCUUGAGCGAAGGCAACCUGUACAGCAAUGCACAUCUGGAGCUAGUGAAGGGUAUCAUGGGAUGCGUGUUGGCGACAGGUUCACCAAUGAACCUGAGGGAUACGUCCGAGGACCCCAGAUUCAACUUAGAUGUUGAUCAAUCAUCAAAGAUCAGGAGUGUUUUGAGUGUUCCCAUCAAGAACCACUGGGGAGAGUUGGUAGGUGUAGUGGUGAUGAUCAACAAAAGAAGCGAUGGAUCACUUUCUGCUUUCACUAAUAUGGAUGAAAAGGUGCUGUCCAGUCACAUGGAUGUGUUGGGGAUGGUCUUGGAUAACAUCCAGCUGUAUGAGAGCUCCAGACAAGAGGCUAAACGCAGUCAGGCCUUGAUAGAGAUGGCACAGGUAUUAUCAAAGGAGCACCAGUCCUUUGAGGUUCUGCUGAGUAAGAUGGCUGCCACCAUCAUGCCCUUCACACAUGCUCAGUACUGCACCAUCUUCAUCCCCAGCGAGCAAACUUCAGUCAGGGAAGACAAGGUUUCAUUCUCACGUGUGAUACACUUGGAGUGUGAGGAGCUCGGAUCAACUUGUCAGAUCUACAGAAGGGAACGCAACAUCAGCGAUAUCGAUCCAUCGUAUGCCUUUCAAACACUGAUGGCCAUGGAAACACUUAAUAUGUCGAAGAGUUCUGAGGAAUCAAUGAGGAGUCUCAUCUGCUCUCCUGUUAGAAAUGAAAGGUCUGAAAAUGUUAUCGCUGUGUGCCAGCUGACAAACAAACGGAACAGAGACUCGGAUGAGGUGGAGGCCUUCAACCGAUACGAUGAGCGCCUCCUGGAAGACUUGGCAGUGUACUGUGGCCUGGCUCUGCAGUACGCUCAGGCUGUCCAGAUCACAGAGGAGCGGCGGGCCAGUAUAGAAGUCACACAGGAGGUUCUUGCGUAUCACAUCACUGCAGCAGAGGAGGAAAUCCAGGCAUUGCAGGAGGCCACGAUUCCUCCUUCUGAAUCACUGAAUAUUCUAGACUUCCAUUUCUCCGGUUUUGCCCUGCCAGAGGACCUGACCACUCAGGCCACCAUUCGCAUGUUCCUGGACCUCAAUUUGGUGCAGGAUUUUAGCAUCGAUUACAAGAGUCUCUGCCAGUGGGUCCUGACCGUGAAACGUGGCUACAGGAACAACGUGCCUUAUCACAACUGGAACCAUGCACUCAGCACUGCUCAAAGCAUGUUUGCGAUGCUCAUGGCCACAGACCAACUACAGACAAUAUUUUCCCGCCUGGAGAUCCUCGCAUUGAUGAUCGCUACUCUGAAUCACGAUCUCGACCACAGGGGUGUCAGUAAUUCCUACAUAGAACGGACUCAACAGCCUUUAGCUCAGCUGUAUGGACACUCCUCUCUGGAGAACCACCACUACAAUCUGUGCCUCUUCAUCCUAAACAACACUGGGAGUCAGAUUCUCAGCGGUCUGUCUACAGAAGACCACAAAACUGUACUCCACAUGAUCAAAAGGGCGAUCCUCGCCACUGACCUGACCGUCUACCUGGAGAGAAGAAAACAAUUCUUCAGUCUUGCCAAGAAAAAGAGAGUGAGCUGGAAGAGUGAGAAACAACGAGAUUUGCUGAGAUCAAUGCUGAUGACAGCAAGUGACCUCUCUGCUAUCGCAAAGCCCUGGCCUGAACAAAGACGGAUUGCCAACCUGGUUGCCAAGGAGUUCUUUGCACAAGGGGAUAAAGAGAGAGAAGAGUUUAAAAUCAAACCCAUUGACAUGAUGAACAGAGAAAACAGCACUCGGCUGCCAUACAUGCAAGUUGAAUACAUUGAUGAGAUCUGCUAUCCACUCUAUAAGACCGUAUCGGGACUCUUCGACACCUGCUCUCCGUUGCUGAAUGGUUGUAAGAAGAACAGAGAAAACUGGCAGCAUCUUGCUGAGGAGGCAGAGGAAGAAAACAAUGAAAACAGCAGUACUGUAACCCUGGAGACACAUAAAAGCAUUGAUGAAGAGACCCAGACUGAGGAAUAG